GAAGAAGGCUGUGCGCAGAUUCGGCGGGAUGGACAAAAAAUGAUACAGAACGAGUGGAAAACCCACACACGCUGAGAACGCAGUCUAGAGUGACAGUACAGAGGGGUGUGUGUGCGUUCAAGGCGCGUAAGACUAACACAGAGUUAUAGCAAUAGAUGUUCUACCUUCACCAUUUUGAGAUCGCAUUGGAAGUAAUCUUUUUUGGCUUUCCUUAUUUAAUAACAAGCAUUGUGGAAGAACGUUUUGUCGUAUUUAUUGCAAAAUUGCUCUCGGAGAUGUGAUUGCACGGAUCUGAAGCUUUUCACGGAAAACAGAUACAUGUGUGACAGUAGCACGUGUGAAUAAAUGUCAGCUGUGUGUUUUCAACAAGAACUGCUACAUUUCGAAAAGAAUUGCAAUAUUGGAUGUUUUAAAGACACGUCCCUUUGAAACGAGCUGGACUUGAACACAGUUGACAUGGCCAACAUGAAGUCUCGCAGUGAAGAUGAGGAUGAUGAACGUCAUUCUACGGACCCUGACAGCAGAGACCCCAAGAAUUCCAAAAAGACCCUGUGCAAAAUUAAAUGGUCCCGGGAUGAGGAUGAGAAGCUAAAGAAGCUUGUUGAGCAACAAGGAGCUGAUGCUUGGAAAUCAAUCGCCAAUUAUUUCCCAACAAGGACAGAUGGUCAAUGUCAGCACCGUUGGCAAAAGGUGCUCAACCCAGAGCUGGUGAAAGGACCCUGGACAAAAGAGGAGGAUCAGAGGGUGAUUGAGCUGGUUCACAAGUAUGGGCCCAAACGGUGGUCAGUGAUUGCCAAGCACUUACAGGGCCGCAUAGGCAAGCAGUGCCGAGAGCGCUGGCACAAUCACCUCAACCCAGAAGUGAAAAAAUCCUCCUGGACCCAGGAAGAGGAUCGUAUUAUCUAUGAAGCACAUAAACGUCUGGGCAACCGCUGGGCUGAGAUCUCAAAGCUGCUUCCUGGACGGACAGACAACUCCAUUAAGAAUCAUUGGAACUCCACCAUGCGCAGGAAAGUGGAACAUGAGGGUUACUUGCAGGAGGGCAGCAAGAGCUACAGCAGUGACCCUGGCCAGAAGAAACGCCCCAAAUCCAGUCCAUCUGUGGAAUAUCAACAUAACCAGAAUCAGAUGAUCAUGAGUGGCCAAUCACAGCCACCCAGAUAUCCGUAUGGUUCAGAAAGUGGCCAGUGUAUGGAAAACAUCAGUGUUGAGAUCUCUAGCUUUAUGUCGCCAUGCCAUGACGACCCAGACAAAGAGAAAAGAAUUAAGGAGCUAGAGCUGUUGCUAAUGUCAGCUGAGAAUGAAGUCAGAAGACAGUCGGGCCCUCGUAAUCCCGAGAGCUACUCCAGCUGGUCAGACAGCCUUCCUGAUGAUACUGUCACCACCACAGAGAGUAUGGAGGACAGAGGGGUGGAGGUGUGUCGUUUAGAGCAGGGCCGGCCGGCUGGGAUGCCUCUGCCUGUCUCUCCCAGCAAGUUCCUGGCUGCUGAGGCCAGUGCUGUGCUGUCCACUCUAGAGACCAUCCCAGAGUUUGCAGAAACCAUGGAGCUUAUUGACUCGGAUCCUUUGGCCUGGAGUGAUGUGACCAGCUUUGAUCUCACUGAGGGAGGCCCCUCUCCGAAGGCCGCUAACCCCACUGAUGUUUGUACGACCCUGGUGAGGUGCACAGAAAGCCUGGCCUAUCCAGUAAAUGCUCCCACUGUCCCAGCGAUGAGCAGGCAGUGUGCCUCGGUGAACCAGGGCAAGUCUGUGGCUCUCUCUAACACCUGCAUGAACAGAUUCAGCUCUCCACCACUGUCCAUCAUGAGAAAGAAGAGAAGAGAGAGAGGAGAUCAGUCACCUGCGGGUGAAAGGAGCUGUGCUUUCAUAGACAACAGUGGGAACUCACCAAAAAACACCCCUGUCAAAGGCCUGCCAUUCUCACCCUCUCAGUUCUUCAAUGUGUCUGGUGGUGAGCCCUUGAGCCUCGACAAUCCUGCUCUUACAUCCACUCCAGUGUGUGGACAGAAAUGCCUCAACACACCCCACCAGAGAGAGACCACACCAAAACACCAGAAGGAGAACACGGGUUUUAGGACCCCGAAACUCCAUAAGAAUAUUAUAGUCCACACUCCAAGAACACCCACUCCUUUCAAAAACGCCCUGGCUGCCCAGGAGAAGAUGCACGGCCCGUUAAGAAUGGUGCCCCAACCACUGGCACUUCUUGAGGAGGACAUCAGAGAAGUUCUGAAAGAGGAAACUGGGGCUGACAUCUUCACACAAGUGCAGAACCAACCUCAGUUCAGAUCUUAUGAGCUGAUGGAAGCUCCUGCAAGGAAAGUGAGAAAGUCUUUGGUAUUGGACAGCUGGGAAAAAGACUGUUUAAAUGUACAGCUGUUUCCCCAACAGCAGAUUAACAGCAAUGAAGAGUCUCAUAGUAACAACCUACUGACCAGAUCAAUGCUCAUGAUGCCAUUGACAGAGAGAGAGGAGAACUGUUGCUCUCCUGGAUCACUGAAGGAAUCUUUUUCAAUAGUCCGCUCGCUUAGCCCACAGGACAAGAGAGAAAACAUGACCCAAAGGAGCCCACCAUACCAAACACCCACUCCGGCCAACAGUGAGUGGGAGGCGGUGGUUUUUGGGAAAACGGAGGAUCAGCUGAUCAUGACUGAGCAGGCCAGGCGUUACUUAAACACCAACCCUACCGCCUGCAUUUCCAGAGCUCUCGUCCUUUAAACAUCACUACUGCACUACAGCAACCCUCCUCUUUUCCUCUAUCACACCCACAUUUAACCUCUCAGACAAUCUGGUGUAGGAAACAGAAACACUUACUAUAAUGUUUGCUUAACACCUACUGAUAUAACAAUGUAUCGCUUAGGAAAAAAAAAAAACUUGUAUGCGAAUGUAGUCAUAAUAUGUAGUCAAAAUACAAAUAGCACUAGAUUUUCUGAAUUUAGCUAAUGGGUUUUACAAUUUUUAGCUGUAGACAGUGUGCUGAUUCUUAAGGGCUGCUUUUUUUUUUAAAGGAAAAAAUCAUAAAACUGAUAUUUUCAGAUAGUUUUAAGCUCUUUUUAGAGGAUUUUAGAGACUGGUGUUAAGGAUUGGGGAGCACUGGCAGUGUUGCACUACUGUGGUUGUUUGUUAGGGUGAGGAGUAACUGGAUAGCACUUGCAACGUAAUCGUUUCCGCUCCAAACGUAACAAAGGUUCCACCCCGAUUAUUUUAUCUUAUUUUAUUUUAUUUUUUAAGAGUAGGACACUCACUGAAUGUAUUGUAUAGCAUAAAUCUGCUAAGUUGACGUUUACUGGAAGGUACCUCGAACAUUUUAUUUGUAUUUUUUUUUGCUCUAAAGUGAAGGUUGUUAAAGAGGCGUAAAAUCGCUGACUUGCAUGUUUGCAACUGAAGUCUAAAUCCAGCAUCUUCGCUGCUUGUGAAAAUGUUCUCAGUUCAGCCAAAAUCAUGUUUGGUACUUAUAUUAAUGCGCGUGUAGCAUUAUAAAUAACACGUUCCAAGAACAGAUACGUAGGUGAGAUUUGUUCGUUUAGAGCUGUAGGUUCUAUUUAUUAAAUCUUAACUAAUUUAUUUAUUUCAAAGAUAUAAAGAAAAUCUAAUUAUAUUUCUUUUCUGUUAAAAAUUUGACUACCUUCCAUUACAUAUUUCUCAUUUCAAUAACACUGCCACUAAUUUCUUGGCCUGUACAGUAAGGUUCCGUCCUCUUUAACCCAAUUGGUUGACCAUAAAAGUAGCAGCAAGCAGCUUUCAGCCUCCAAAAUAUGGGGAAAUUGCACUUUUUUCAAAUAUUGCAUUAAUGUUGAUUUGUCAUUUAUUAUCUAUUGUUUUAUGCCCUCUGUAGUGUUUACAUUUUGUUGUAUGUGAGGAUUUUUAUUGGUGGCUGAAUGUAUUUAAACAUUUCAUUAACAUUGACAUGUCAAGACGUCAUCCCAAAGGGAAAAUGGUGUAAACUUAGUUUCUUUCUCUCACUUUCUUGCUCUGGAACAAAUGUUUGUAAGGAUUUGCUCGCUGCUACUGAGUUACAGCAGGAACUGACAUAAGCACAAUGGUUUGAAGGAAGUGUAGGACAAUUGCUUUGCUCUCAUAUGAGGUGAAAUGUUGAAUUAAAUGUCUUGUUUUAUUAUUUUAUUAACAUGAGAAGAGCCCAUGUAAAAUAGUUUCAGGUUAUUCCCAAUGAUAAGUUAGUCUAAGGGAAAAGGAAAAUCCUGAUGUUAAAGAAUUCGGCAGUAUUAGCGUUACAUAUUGGGUUUUAUCAUUAUUUGGUUUUUUUUGUUUUUUUUUGUAAAAAGUUUAUUUUUGCUAAAUGUAACCCAGAUAUUGGAAUGCAAAAACACCAUCUGUAUUCAAAGAAACACUACACAUUGUGUCCCUCAACGCAUCUGUGUUACUGAGAUUCAUUUAUAUUGGCGCAUGUAACGUUGUAGAUAAGUGUUUAUUAUGUCUUUGUUCGUCUUCAUUUUACUGUCAAAGUGUUUGUCUUGUUUGUUGGGAUUUCCUUUUUUCUGUAGACUUGAGGGAAGCAAGAAUAUGUAGCAAACGGACAUGCAUGAAAACAAGCAGUGCACUUCAACUGACAUACUCUUUUCUCAUGCAGUGUUACGAAUUUGACAUUGUUUUCCGCUGAACAAUAAUAACCUGCUUCUUUGAUAUUACAACCAACUCACCAAUAGCCAUGCUGUCAUUCACAUACCUAAAAAUAAAAAUAUGCUCUUUAAAA